UCCGACCAGUCCUCUCCCAGCCUCCGGGGCCGGAUUCCAUCCGAGCUACAGGCUGCAGGCUGCGGGUGGCCUCCUAGCCGAACCCGGGCGGCGCCGUCGCGCGCAGCUGGAGGACUCGGCCGGCAGCGAGGCGCGUUCCGCUCCGGCGGCCCGCGAAGCGGAGACUGCCGGGUGCCUGCUGCGCCCGCGGCUCCUGGAGCUCAUCACCAGGGACACGGCACCUGGUGCGCCUUCUCCGCCGGUAGCGGACUGGAUUGGUGGGGACACAUGCUAUCUCCCUUUCUGGCAGCUUGGGUGGAAACCCCUACCCACUCAUCAUUGCCUUCCCUUCCUACAGAUCUAGACUUCCAGAGGAGCGGAAAGCAAGCCCUUCUGGCCCACCAUGAGGAUCUUACAGUCAGAGAGGCCUGCAAGGCUGGCUUCUCCGAAGAAGACUACACUGCAUUGAUCUCCCCGAAUGUCCUGGAAGGAGAGAAACUACUCAGAGUCAAGUUCAGCAGCUGCUUGGGCACCAAAGGGACGCAGUAUGAGACCAACAGUUUGGACUUCAAAGUCGGGGCAGAUGGGACAGUCUUCGCCACCCGGGAGCUGAAGAUCCCCUCAGAGCAGGUGGCCUUUACUGUGACUGCACGGGAACACCAGACUGCUGAGCAAUGGGAUGCCAUGGUGCGGCUGCUGGUAGCUCAGACUUCAUCCCCACACUCUGAACACAAGAAAGGAAAGACAGUGGCCCUGGACCCCUCUCAGCCCCCGAAGGACACACUGCGGCCCUGGCCCCAACAUCAGAGCUCCAGCGGGCUGAGGAGGCAGAAGCGUGACUGGGUCAUCCCGCCCAUCAACGUGCCCGAGAACUCCCGUGGGCCCUUCCCCCAACAGCUUGUCAGGAUCAGAUCUGACAAGGACAAUGAUAUCCCCAUCCGAUACAGCAUCACAGGUGUGGGAGCGGACCAGCCCCCUAUGGAGGUCUUCAGCAUUGACUCCAUGUCUGGCCGGAUGUAUGUCACUCGGCCCAUGGACCGGGAAGAAAGAGCCUCUUACCAUCUCCGAGCCCACGCGGUGGACAUGAACGGCAACAAGGUGGAGAAUCCUAUUGAUCUGUAUAUCUACGUCAUCGACAUGAAUGACAACCGGCCCGAGUUCAUCAACCAGGUCUACAACGGCUCUGUGGAUGAGGGCUCCAAGCCAGGUACAUACGUGAUGACUGUCACAGCCAAUGAUGCCGAUGACAGUACUACGGCCAAUGGUAUGGUGCGGUACCGGAUCGUCACCCAGACACCCCAGAGUCCGUCCCAGAACAUGUUCACCAUCAACAGUGAAACAGGGGACAUCGUGACAGUGGCAGCAGGCCUGGACCGGGAGAAAGUCCAACAGUACACGGUCAUCGUCCAGGCCACUGACAUGGAAGGAAACCUUAACUAUGGUCUCUCGAACACAGCCACUGCCAUCAUCACAGUGACAGAUGUAAAUGACAACCCUCCAGAAUUCACCACAAGCACAUUUGCAGGAGAGGUUCCUGAAAACCGUGUGGAGACAGUAGUAGCCAACCUCACAGUCAUGGACCGAGAUCAGCCUCACUCACCCAACUGGAAUGCUGUCUACCGAAUCAUCAGUGGGGACCCCUCGGGACACUUCACUGUCCGCACAGAUCCUGUCACCAAUGAGGGAAUGGUCACUGUGGUGAAGGCAGUGGACUAUGAGCUGAACCGCGCCUUCAUGCUGACCGUAAUGGUGUCCAACCAGGCGCCCCUGGCCAGUGGGAUCCAGAUGUCCUUCCAGUCCACAGCAGGGGUGACCAUCUCUGUCACUGAUGUCAACGAGGCCCCCUACUUCCCCUCCAACCACAAGCUGAUCCGCCUGGAGGAGGGUGUACCUACCGGCACUGCACUGACCACGUUUUCCGCAGUGGACCCUGACAGGUUCAUGCAGCAAGCCGUGAGGUACUCGAAGCUGUCCGAUCCUGCCAACUGGCUGCACAUCAAUACAUCCAACGGGCAGAUCACCACAGCUGCGGUCCUGGACCGAGAGUCGCUCUACACCAAGAACAAUGUAUAUGAGGCCACCUUCCUGGCUGCCGACAAUGGGAUCCCCCCAGCCAGUGGCACUGGGACCCUGCAGAUAUACCUCAUUGACAUUAAUGACAACGCACCACAGCUGCUGCCCAAGGAGGCACAGAUCUGCGAGAGGCCAGGCCUCAACGCCAUCAACAUCACUGCGGCCGACGCCGACAUGGACCCCAACAUCGGCCCCUACGUCUUUGAGUUGCCCUUCAUCCCCACUACAGUGAGGAAGAAUUGGACCAUCACCCGCCUAAACGGUGACUAUGCCCAGCUCAGUUUGCGCAUUCUGUACCUGGAGGCCGGCGUGUACGACGUCCCCAUCAUCGUCACGGACUCUGGCAACCCUCCCCUGUUCAACACGUCCAUCAUAAAAGUCAAGGUGUGCCCAUGCGACGAGAACGGUGACUGCACCACCAUCGGUGCAGUGGCUGCAGCCGGCCUGGGCACAGGCGCCAUCGUGGCUAUCCUCAUCUGCAUCGUGAUCCUGCUGAUCAUGGUCCUGUUGUUCGUUGUGUGGAUGAAGCGGAGGGAAAAGGAGCGACACACGAAGCAGCUGCUCAUCGACCCUGAGGACGACGUGCGUGACAACAUCCUAAAGUACGAUGAGGAAGGUGGUGGCGAGGAGGACCAGGACUAUGACCUCAGCCAGCUACAGCAGCCGGAAGCCAUGGAGCACGUGCUGAGCAAGGCCCCUGGUGUGAGGCGGGUGGAUGAACGGCCAGUAGGUGCUGAGCCCCAGUACCCAGUCAGGCCUGUGGUGCCCCACCCAGGCGACAUUGGAGACUUCAUCAAUGAGGGACUCCGAGCUGCUGACAAUGACCCCACGGCACCCCCCUAUGACUCUCUGCUUGUCUUCGACUACGAAGGCAGCGGUUCUACCGCAGGCUCCGUCAGCUCCCUGAACUCCUCCAGCUCUGGGGACCAAGACUACGACUAUUUGAAUGACUGGGGACCCCGGUUCAAGAAGCUGGCAGACAUGUAUGGGGGUGGUGAGGAGGACUAGCCAACCUCACCUCUCCCACCGACAUGAGAAGGGCGAGCAGCGGGACUGAGCGGAGGCGCCAGAGUCGUCCUGGUGUCAAGAGGCUCCUCCCCCACUGCCAUCCCCCCUCCGUGUGGAGCUGCGCAGUAAGGACAUAAGCCGCCAAGCGCCCACCACCACCGCGGCAUCUCAGUAGCCACGUACCGCGAAGGGAGAGCCAGAGGCACAGCCCUAACUUGAAUUUCUUACAACAAAAGCACUGUUAAAACAAAAAAAACAAAAGUGCCUUUUGGUACACAUGACAGAUUCUCUAACUCAGGAGUGACUGAAAGAAGAGACAGCCCAAGACCCCAGCUCUGCCCACCCUGCCCACAGCCCCUAACCCAAUCUGGUCCCCUCUGAAGGCAACAGGCAAGGAAUGGGAGAGAAUAUGUCUUUUUUUAAAGUCUUUUAUUAAGAAAAAGAAAGGGAUGGCUUAUUUGCAGAAAUAGUAUGGGGUCCAGCUCUCACAGCUUUUGUUGUGCGCAGUCAGUGUCUCCUGGGCCCUUUGGGCUCCCCACGGCUGCUAUGUGAGGAUCAGACUUUCUGGUGCCAAAAAGCACUGGGCUAGCCCAACCCCAUCAGCAGAGACACUUCUGUUUGGACUUAGCUUUCACCUGAACUUGUAUCCUGCCCCUCAAGAUACUGUAAAUAGCUGGGGCAGGUGUGAUGCCAAGAGACCACCCCAGAUGGUCCUCACCCCUGCACUUGGCCACUGCCAUGUCCACCAGAAAGCCUCUCUGGACCAGCUGUCAUCCCCAAUACCACCGAGGUCCCCUUUUGUUUGGUCCAGGACAGCGUGUUGUCCAAGAAGCCACAGCAUCCUGCAGAAUCCUGGCAUCACCCUCUACUCUUCAGGAUGAGACCCUGAAGGAUCCUGUUGAAGGCAUAGCAAUCACAAGCACCCCUCAACAGAACCCCCAAAUGCUCUCAACGUACUCCCCAGGCUGUGCAGACGGCAGAGAGGAGCGCCUGGCCAGACUGUGGCAGCUGCUUGGCCUCCCUGGGCCCGUUUGGCCCAAGCUGCUGCCUGGCCCCAUGAACUGCUGUGAUAUCAGGACCUAUUCCAAGUGGCCAGUGGGAGACUCUCAUUGUGCCCAUGUGACCACAGAUGCUCUGACUGGGACCCGGUUUCUGUUGUUCUCUGGAUCUGGUGUUGCACUUUACAUGGGUAGCUUGACACCGGGCAGACUGGGCAGGGUGGCCACUUCUGCAGGACAGUGAAUAGGCUAUGUACAAGGACCUAUGGGAGAUGGCAACGCUGGCCUUUUCACUAGAGGGGAAAACAGGCCAUCUGGGCCCAAAGGAGCCCUGGGAUGGGGCAGAACGGCAGGCACUGGAAGGGCACCCUGUGCUGAGUCAGAUUCCUGGCUUACUCCAGGCAGUACAACAGGUUGAGGGUGCUGGUAGCUUGGUGUCUGAGUCUCCUUAGGGAGACAACAGAAGUCCCAGCAUUGAUGAAAAGUAAGUUCCUCCCAGAUCCCCAGCCUAUACCUGCUACUAGGGGGCCAGGAUGACUUCCAAAGGGCUGGGGGUACCCAAGAGAUAGCAUGCUCCCCAGCCAGAGGUCUCUAAUUCAGGGCUCCUCGUGGUGUCUGGCUUUACACCAUGGCUAGGUUCAUCCCCUUUUCCAGACUGCUUUGGCCUCGAAGACGCACUUGAGUGGACUCAUGGGCGCCAAACUUAUGGGUAUGACCCAUUGGAUGUCAGGGUUCUUUCCCAAACCAAACAUGUCCCCACUCUGAACUCCUGGACUUGAGCUGAGACAUAAGUUCAGCUGUGUCCAUUCUUAUUCCUCACAUGGCUGUCCUAGGAGGUAGGAUGGAUAGGGGCCUCUGUAGCUUCCUGGGAGCCCUCUUCCUUACAGCCAGCCAGGCCAACAGAGCUCACAGAAGGCCGGGUGGGGGUGGGGCAGGAGAUAAGCUCUCCUAUGCAAAUUGCUCCCCAGGGGUCAGCAACCAAUGAGGGAGGUACUGAGCUUCGCAUGGCCACUGUUAGGAUUGCUAUGGAUCAGGGCUGGGGGUAUGAGAAGAAUUUUCUGAGUUUGAUUUUGGAAAACCCGAGAAUCGUGAAUGUUCUAAUGGAAGUGUGCAUAUGACACGGUAGUCAUGGACUGUCCUCUGAAAUCCCAAGGCUUUCUUGGAAUCCUGGGAUGGGAGGGACCAAAUCUAUCAGACAUCUGGAGGAAUGUCUCAUCUGCCUCCACCUCCCCCCAACCCUCCAACCAGGCCUCUGUCACUGCCGGGCCCCUGCAGGAACAUCCAUGGGGUUCCUAAAAGCUGAACAGCUUGCCCCUUUCACCCAAUACCCCAAUACGCCCCCGGGGCUAGAUAAAGAUGGGUUCCACGCAUUCCCAGACUCACCUUGGAACUCUGUCCCAAGGUCAACAAGUUAGCAUUAGCGGAGCAUUCAGUCAGUGUCAAAUGUUUCUCUUCUGUAGCUUGUAGAUACGAGGCGUCUGUGGUCAGGGCCCAGCCAGACUAGGCUGGUGGCCAGCUCUGUGCAGUACGAGGGUGUGGUUUAGUUCCUUUGGGAGAAACCUGCACUGCUGUGUAGCUUGGAAGAACACCUGGCCAUGGUCAGCCUCAGUCACCCUGACUCCCAGCAGCAGCUUUUCCUCUGUCUUUCAGCACAUCCAAAAUGCUGGGCCUCCUGCCACCAAAGUGUCAAGAGUCGGGGCCCACUGUCAGGCCCUCAGAGAUGCAUCAGUCUCCCCAGAGUGAGUACUAAGUCCGUUGAGAAUGACACCUCUGUGCUCUCGAAGGUAAACAGGGGAGGGAAAGUUUCCAGUUCCAAGCUGAAGGCAAAACCAAAAACUCAAAGCAGAAUCGCCCUGCACAGAGCGCCAGGUGCGGCAGCUCACACCGCACACUGAUCAGGCUCUGCCACACCAGCCGGCCGGCGGAAACCACCUCCAUAUACACCUGGGACGCACCUUGCUUUUUCUUCCUCUCCUUUUUUUCAUUAUGGUUUAUUUUUUGCAUGUUUAUUUUUGAAAAUGGACAAAUGUGUAGCAGCCCGCAUGACCGUGAUUGUUUUGGGAAAGAUACUGGAGUAUGAUGUGUUCACACUGCAGCUCUGAGCAUCAUGCGGUGAGACAGAUGUUCUGACUUUUUUUGUAAUUGUCAACAGCACAAAUAUUUUGUAUUGUUGUUUGUAUCAUUUUGUACCGAAAAAAAAAAAAAGGAAAAAAAAAAAAGGGAAAAGAGUCGAUGUUUUCGAUGUGUUUUUAGUGUCAGACGGUCUUGGUUCCGAAGGGAACAGGAGCUUUGCAGAACUGUCGUGUCCUGGAGAGGAGUUGGGCAUUAGCACGCUGCUCCAAAGGAGUAAUAAAGUCCCCUUUUAAGUA